GGAGACAGGAGGACGGAGCAGAGAGCUCAGAUAUGUGCGACCAGUGAGAGGAACACAGACUUGUUCUGAUACUGCAAUGCGCGUCAAAGGCGCGUUUUCGUUUUUACGCACAGCGAAAAAUGUUCAAGGGUAUAGGCUAAUAGAUAGUAAUAGACUGUCACUGUAAAGUCCACGUGAAUUACUUACACUGAAUUCCAUAUUGUGUUCUCUUCGAGACAGCGGAGUCUGUAAGUGAACUGCAGACUCAACAGUGCGUGCGGCGGUCAAGCUUUUCUGAAACUUUCUAUUGUUCACUUUACAUUUGACACUCUGAUAUUUGACGUUGUCAUGCAAUGAAUUUGGUUCAUGCUCGGUAGUUUAAGUGUGACUUUUGGUCUUAAACAGCAAAAUGGAUGCUUUGUUCAAUAUCACCAAUGCGUCAAAUUGGACCAGCGGCUCUAACGACACCAGUAACGGGACCGUGAACUGGAACCAGUUUGUGCAGCCAGUCUGGAGAAUUGUGCUCUGGGGCAUUGCGUACAGCUGUAUAGUGAUCGUGUCCGUGGUAGGCAACCUUACGGUGAUCUGGAUUAUUAUUGCGCAUAAACGCAUGAGGACAGUCACCAAUUAUUUCCUGCUGAACCUGGCGUUCGCCGAAACCUUCAUGUCCGCCUUCAACACCGUGAUCAACUUCACCUACGCUGUGCACAACGAUUGGUACUUCGGAUUGGUCUACUGCCGCUUCCACAACUUCUUUCCGAUCGCGGCUGUGUUUGCCAGCAUCUACUCAAUGACUGCCAUCGCUCUGGACAGGUACAUGGCCAUCAUCCACCCUCUGCAGCAGCGCAUGUCGUCCACAGAGACCAAGGUGGUGGUGGGAGUGAUCUGGGUGCUGGCUCUGCUCCUGGCCUUCCCCCAGUACUACUACUCCAACACAUACCAGGACGCCGGCCGGGUGGUGUGCUACAUCGAUUGGCCCGAAUACACCGUGUGCAACUUCAAAAAGAUGUACUAUGUGUGUGUGGUCAUCCUGAUCUACCUUCUUCCUCUGCUGGUGAUGGGUUGGGCUUAUCUGGUGGUGGGACUGACUCUCUGGGCCAGUGAAAUCCCCGGAGACUCUUCUGAUCGCUACAAGGAGCAGCUGACUGCCAAACGCAAGGUGGUGAAGAUGAUGAUCGUGGUGGUUUGUACGUUUGCCGUCUGCUGGCUGCCCUACCACGUCUUCUUCCUGCUGGAGCAGUUCUUUCCAAACAUGUUCAUCGAAAGGUUUAUCCAGCAGGUUUACCUGACCAUCAUGUGGCUGGCUAUGAGCUCCACCAUGUACAACCCCAUCAUCUACUGCUGCCUCAACGACAGGUUUCGUGCUGGUUUUAAACAAGCAUUCCACUUCUGCCCCUGCGUCCCUCGAGGCUCUUAUGAAGGCCUGGAACUCAAGUCCACUCGCUACCUUCAGACCCAGACAAGCGUUUACAAGGCCAGCCGGAUGGAGACCACCGUGUCCACUGUCACCCAGGUUGGGGAUGACAUGGAGCCGCCCAGGGUCAAGGCAAUAGCAGGUCCACGACGCGGUGGGGCCAGACCACAUAGCUCCUCCUUGGACCUCACCUCCAAUGGGUCAUCGUCCCGGAGCGUUUCCAAAACGGUCUCGGAGACGUCCAGUUUCUACUCUAGUAACCACCUGCAGGAAUAGACCUCAAACGCAGUUUGCAGGACAGCAGGGAGAGAGAGUGAGUUGAUUGUUCACUUAGUUGCUUUUGCCUGUGUGUGUUCAUGCAAAAGUACAGCGUGAAUGUGUGAUUGUCUGCCAGUGACUGUGACUGGGUUUUUGUUGAAUACAUUUUCACUGGAACGGCAUGCGAGGUAAUUUGCAAGUGAGACUACGUCCCUGUUCACUGAGCGCUGUCCUCACCCAGUACCAAGCACUCCUGCCGCUCACAGUCAAUGAUCAACUCCCAUUAGAAAGGUUUGCUCACUGCCAAAAAGUAAUGACGAGCACUUAGAUGACAUAAGCACAUUCCAGUUCAAAAGCUACAUUGAAGCAGAUGCUAGCGCCUCCAAUCUUCACGGCCUCCGCUUGUCACAUCCGCCUGCUCUGAGUGAAGAGGGAACGUUCACACAUCAUCAAUCCCACAAGCGGUGUGACUUCACAUAAGUCUAUUUUCAAGUGGCGCUAUAACAUGAGAGCAGCAUGCUGUGAACACAGCGGCUUCUCGUUUUAACAGAGGUGUUCUCUGCGAAGAGACAGAGCUCGGAGACCUCUGCACCUUUUUAAUGGAGAAAUCCUGGUUUUUACAGGAACUCUCUGCGGAGAAGAUACAAGUUGAAAAAAACAGAUGUGUGGGUUCAGUUGAAAGGCUCUCCCAGAAGACGAGAUAGGAGGAGAGGCAAUAAACAACAGAGCAUAGACUCUGAACUUUGCAUGUGUGAGUGUGUGUAUGCAUAAGCAAUCCAAUGUGCAGGAUGAGUGCCUAUCUGCCCCAAGGAGUGCUCUAAGCAGGCACGCUGAAAAGUGAGGCUGCACAAUUAUUCUGCCAGUUGUUUUCUUGAUUAAUCGAUUAAUCGUUUGGUCAAUAAAAAAUGAGAAAAUAGAGAAAAAAUGUCUUUUAAUUUCUUGUUUUGUCAGUCCAAAAACCCAAAGAUGUUCAGUUUCAUAUGAUAUAAAACAAAAAAGAGCAGAACAUCUCCAUAUCUGAGCAGCUGAAAACAGCAUUUCUGCCAUUUUUGCAUGAAAAAUGACUAACGAUUAAUCGAUUAUCAAAAUAGUUGUCUAAUCAAUUAGUUGGGUAAUUGUUGCAGCUCUACUGAAAAGCUCGAGCAGUCACCUGAAACGCCGGCAGCGCCUAGCUCAGCUGUCAUCUGGCUAAACAUGGACUUCAACAGCUGGGAGCAUCGUCUCUGGAACAUAAUGGAGCUCCAAAUGCUGAAGAGGCGGUGAACCUCAAGAGAAAUAUGAGUCCUCAAUCCCAGAUUUAGUUUUCCGUGACUCCACUAAACCCAAACAAUCCUGGUGUGUAGCCUAGAGACCGAUCUGCAAUGAAGAGCAGAUGGAAUGCUCCAGUUUCCCACAGAAUUAAUAUAGUUUGACAAUAAUAACUGUCCCCUCAGCCACGUGCAACUGGGUCCACCUUUGUAAGACAUACAUGACACUGGGUCGUGAUCUGAAUGCAAGGCACCACUCACAAACUGUGAAAUGUUUGUUACUCUCAUUACCCUUCCAACUGGCUGUAACAUGUACGAUAGUUUCAGUUAGUUUUCAUUUUAAUUUGAGGUUGGACUUUUGGAUUUUAGUUUAGUUCAAUUUAAGUUCU